AUGAAGACUGCACGCGCGGUGCGAGUUGGCACCACUGGUGCCAACUCUCGUUUCGUCAGUGGUACUAGCAACACCAGAUCCUCCGUCGCUGCUAGCAACAUCCUGCAACAAUUCACUCAGUCCCCGCCCCCACCACGCAAGUCGCUGGCAGCUCCCCUCGCCAAGCUCCCCUUCUCCUCGGUCUUGCGCUCUUUGCUAGUCCUCUCUGUCUCUUCUUCUCCUAUCCUCCUGAAGCCUUGCAUCUAUACACUUUCUCACCUCGCACACCCUCGGUCUGCUUUCUGGGAUGUCUCCAAGAACCCACUCUUGAACUUCCUUGUCAAGCACACCAUUUACAAGCAAUUCAACGCUGGUGAGAACAAGGUCGAGGUCCAAGAUUCUAUCCGCAACAUCAAGCAGUUGGGCUGCCGCGGCGUCCUGCUCGGCUAUGCUCGCGAGGUUCUAGUCGGAGAAAACCAGGAUGCUGCUCGUGAUGAGAAGGCCGCUAUGGCUGAGAUUCAGAUGUGGUUCGAUGGUACUAUGCGAACUGUCGAUAUGGCUCAGCAGGGCGAUUUCGUCGCCCUCAAGUUCACUGGCAUGGGUACCGAUGCUCUGCGUCUCCUCCAGAAGGAAGCCGACCCUACUGAGUUUAUGGAUUCCUCCAUCCUGAAGGUCUGCGACUUGGCUAUCUCCCGUGGUGUGCGUCUACUUGUGGACGCCGAAGAGCAGGCUGUGCAGCCCGGUUAUCUUCGCUCGACUCCCGCUACUCUCGCUCGCCACCUUGAAACCGCUCGCCAAGAAGGAUACACCCUCGGUGUGAAGCUCGUCCGCGGUGCCUACAUGAAGACUGAACCCCGCCACCUGAUCUGGGCCAAGAAGGAGGACACUGAUCGUUGUUACGACGAGGUCGUCGAGGCUCUUCUUACCCGCAAGUACAACUCCAUGCUCCAGGCUCCCACCAAGGACACUCCCGCUGAGCUGCCUUCCCUGGAUGUGAUUAUCGCCACCCACAAUCGUGACUCCGUUCGCAAGGCCCACGCUAUUCGCAUGGAGCAGGCUGUUCGUGGUGAGGACUACGAUGUUGAUCUCAGCUACGCUCAACUCCAGGGUAUGGCCGACGAGGUCAGUUGUGAGCUGCUUGAGGGCUUUGAAAAUGCCGAGAACAGUGUUGGUGCCUCACCUGUCGCUGCCCCCAACGUCUUCAAGCUUUUGACCUGGGGCUCUGUUCAGGAGUGCAUGGGUUUCCUGCUGCGUCGCGCAAUUGAGAACACCGAGGCUGUUGGCCGCACUAAGGAUUCCCAGGUGGCCAUGUUCGCGGAGCUGAAGCGUCGCUGCCGCAACGCUUUCGCCCGUAGCAACUAA